UACUCUCGCCGUUGCCCUUGCCCCGGAAUACACCGGGAUCCCCAACGUCGGCUGAUUACUAAACCAAGCUGGGCAGUCCGGUCGCAGCCGACAGGGUCAGCCUGCUUUUAGCUCUGUGAACAUUGAUCACGGGACACUCCGCGCACCGUUCGGGGAUCUCGGACAACAACCUCCCGCCGCCAGUUACCGGUUAUGCAACGAACGUGACAGUGACAGAGCGACUCCCCGCAGCUAAAAGCAAGCUAGCUCGCCUAGCUAGCUCCGCGUAGCUGAGUCGGACAACUUCGGGUUUCUGCCCCGUUGUGAAGCGGAGAGCUCGACCGAAGAGGGGGACCCGUGUGUUUCAGCCUCCCCCGCGUGUACUUCAUCAAAUGGCUUUCGUGACGGCGUUGCGAAGGCUGCCCCUCGCCGGGUUGCGGGAACGUUCGUGGAGGACGGCGGCGGUGGUAACUUCGGGAGCCCGGCUGGCGGGUCGGAGGAGCUUCACCGGCGGCACGCAGCCUCUGAGGUCCAACAACAAGGUGACGGUGAACUUCAUCAACCGAGACGGGGAGAAGAUCUCCGUGAAGGGCUCGCCUGGAGACUCGCUGCUAGACAUUGUCAUCAACGAAGACCUCGACUUUGAUGGCUUUGGAGCGUGCGAGGGAACCUUGGCAUGCUCCACGUGUCAUCUAAUCUUUGACGAGGAGACCUACAAGAGUCUAGGCCCGGUCACAGACGAGGAGAUGGACAUGCUCGACUUGGCGUACGGCCUGACUGACACGUCUCGCCUGGGUUGCCAGAUCUGUCUGACGAAGUCUCUGGAGGGCGUGGUGGCCCGGGUCCCCGAGAGCGUCGCCGACAUCCGACAGAGCCAAGACGGGUCGUCUUAGGAGCGCUGUACGUAGACACUGAGGGUGUGUGCACAGGGACGAUGGUGGAUGUACCUGCCACAGUAUGUCCCCACCUUUUUAAAAAUAAAUAAGAAAAAGUCAGACAGAAUAUGGCAUUUGGCUGCGCAAAUGAAGACGUCCUUUUUUAUAGAAACGUAAAGCUGCAAACAAUUAGAACUCGCAGACACCCAUUCAUUAUAGGUGAUCUGUUCCCAUUUGAGGUCUUGUCUCUUUUUAAAUCACUUUUAGUUAUCACCAUGGCUGACUUCAUUUUUGCCUCUACUUUGGGGCCGUGCCUUGUGGUUGUCUCUCUCUCUCUCUCUCUCUCUCUCUGUGCAAAUCAGCCAUGUUCACUAAACCAGGAAGAGGUACACCGCUUACUGCAGCCCGCGGCUGAGACCGUGCUCGAUGCCGACACGCCCCUGCCCCCUAUAUUAUUUUACUCUACACAUAUGUAUACCUCUAUUAUUGAUUGUUUGAUCAGAUCCUACAUGUAAACCAUAUAAUUCCGUGCUGUGAUUGUACAUAGCUAGAACACACAUGUAUAGAGUGGGACAUUAUGUAAUAAAACCACCUUUCUAACGGAGUGUCGUCAAAAUCCUC